AUGACUUCCCCCCAGAAAGGCUUUCCGUCUUCACCACGGGCCCGUAUGACGGCGCCUGGUCUCUUCAAGGACGGCCUCUGGUGCUGUGACUGCCCAGAUCGGCCCGCUGCUAAACAACAUCAAGUUAAGAAACACAGCCCAAACCACGGGAGAUAUUUCUGGACCUGCGAUCAACCCCAACAUCUUAGAUGCAAGUUCUUCCUUUGGGCAAGCGACGCCGAGAUCCGCGAACAAGCAACUGUUCUUUCCAACUCUCGAUCCGAAGUCGAUCCUCCGUCUCUGACACCCUCCAAACCUAAAACCCCUGGCCGUCUUAGCAAUGGUCUCAUGACCCCUCAAACCGAGCGUCGAUUCAUUGACAACCCUUCGCGCAGCUUCAUAUCCCCUCCGAAAACGGCCAAAGCCAGAAUGAUUUCCGAGGCCUCUGACGAAUAUGGAUGGAAUGACGACUCCGAUGAGAAUGAGGAACUCACGAAUGUGCUAUCAUCCAGCCAGGCUACAGAGCCUUUCGUGUCACAACCAGACUUCCACCGCGAAUCACCAUCAAAGGUGCCCCGCACACAAUCAUUUACCUCCCCGGGCAAACGGAAAUUCUCCGAAGCUUUAAAUACCAGCUCUCCUCAGACUCAAUCUGCACUUGCCACACCUUUCUCAUCCCGAUCCUCUCGAACUGAGCAGUUCCCUCCAUCGUCAGCGGAGCUAUGUAUGACGCCUACGCCGAGCAAAUAUAGCGAUGUCCUCUACACAGACUCGAAGUAUGACAUGACUGAUCUGUCAAAAAGUCUGCUAGAUGUGCUGGACAAGCAUAGUGUUGUGCUACCAAGUCAUGCACAGAGAGAGAUGGUCGCGCUGCUCAAUCAGCAUGAUCUUAGAACCAAGGGCAUUAGCAAAGGGCGAGACAUGGCACGCAUGCUGCUCAAAAAAAGAGAUGACGAGAUCGUCAAGUUGAAGGAGCGUAUCUCUAACCUUGAAGCUCAGAAGGAGUUGGAUCGCAGCCUUAUUGAGGGGAUGAAAUUAUCUUAA